AUGGCGUCCUUCAACGAGCAGCCGGCGUUAUGCCUGUUACGCCUGUGUGCUGUGGUUGCGGGUGUGGUCGUCGUUGUCGUUGGAUACAAAUACGGAUACACUGGAGAGAGAAACAAACCACGGAAGCCGGGGUCAAACAGAGGCAUUCCGGGUCUCUGGCGCCAUGAAGCAAGCAGACUGCUAGAUGAGUCGGUUGUGGGUUCCAUCAGAUCCAUCGACUGGCGCAGACAAUCAAGGUCAAACGUUGCAGAAGCCAGCUUCGACGCAGCAGUCAAGGUCUCGGCAAGGGACGAUCGUCAAAAGAUCAUUUGA